UGUAUCAGAGUCUUUACGCCAAAGGCUCUAGCAAUGUUCGAAAAGAGUCAAGGGAACGAUCUAUUUCGUUACAGGAGAUCAUCGUUAUCCUAUCAUCGCUUUUUUAAUCGUAGAAGCAAUCUUAGAUUUACUCUAAUUAUAAUAUUACUCGCUGUCACCAUAUUGAUCAUUACCAUAAAACCUCGUCCUUAUUCUGAUCCUCGUGCAUUGCCUGAAUUAAGCGGCUCAUUAGAUUCUGACCCUUUAACAACUGAUACUUCACAAAUAACCUGGAAAAUCAUUCUGAACAAAAAGCUUAACUCUAGAACAAGUUUUUAUAAACCUGAAAAUUUUACUAAGGACGCCUUAAAAAGGAAUAAUCUGAUUCCUGUAACCGCAAUAGUGUUGGGAUGGAAACGUACUGAAAGUUUAAAGGUAGUGGUGAAUUAUAUUUCAAAAUAUCCUUAUAUAAAAGAAAUAUUGAUAUGGAAUAAUAACAAUGGAACAAGGCUUAAUGUCGAGGAUUUCAAACUCGAUAAUAUGAAUGUCGUUUUGAAUGUGUUUAAUUCUGAUGAAAAUCUUCAUGAUCUUUCUAAAUACAUGACAUGUUCUAUGGCUGAAUAUGACUAUUGUUAUUUCCAAGAUGAUGAUUGGUUAAACUUAUAUAUGGACAGUAUUUACACUAAUUUCCUCAGAAACCCUAGUCUAAUUCAUACAAACACAAUGCCACUCAUCCAUUUAGAACAUCGAAGAUGGAUGUUUUCUAAUGCAGAUAAAAAUCUUCAUACCAGUUUCACUUGGCUCGGCUGCGGUUCUUUUAUUCCAAGAGCAAAAGUUCAAAGGUUUAUGGGUCAACUUGGUUAUAUUUCAUUACCAAAAGAUCACCUUAAAGUUGCUGAUAUGUACUUUUCUUUGUGGUCAAAUCAAUAUCCUUAUCAACUUUCUAAUCCUUUAACACAAUUGGAUCAAGAUAACGGCUGGAGUAGUGGCAUUGAUCAUUGGUCCGUGGUUUAUAGUAAUAUUCUUGACGCGACUCAAAAAUUAUAUACUACACUGGCCCUCAAACCAGAUUCUGACCUGUUUGAACGAGUAGAAGAAACUCCUUAUUAUCACGAACACCCAUUUCCUCAUCCAUCUAGUAUUUAUUACGCGAAUAAUAUUACCCAUGUUCAUGAACAGGAAGCUAAAUUCAAUGCCUUGGAUUUUCCAAGUAAUGAAUUCUGGGAAAAACAUGCUUAUCAUAAUGCCGUAGAUUUGGAUUUAACCACUUGUUGGAAUUCUUUUAAAAUACCUAAAAGUGGUGAUUAUUUUGGACUACAAUUUGUAGAACCAAAAUCGUAUAACAAAGUUACUAUUGUAUCUUCAAAAGAUAUUAGUAAUUUUGAUGCAUCUUUUACUGUUGAAGUUUCUUAUGAUGGAUAUAACUGGAAAAUUUGCGAUAAACUUGAAUCUUCAUAUGAAGCUCAAGACUAUGAUUCGGUUGAUAAUAUCGUAGCCAUGGAUUUGGAUUCGGCUGAUAUACCAAAAAGUAAUAUGAUCACCAUGGAUUUUAAAUGUUUUGAGGAUGAAAAUAAAAAUAACCCCGUUAGCUUUAUAAAAUUUAAAGCUACAAGAAAUUUUAAUGAACCUUUUGAGAUCUGUUCUUUUAUUUUAGAUGGAUUAAGCAUAUAG